AUGGAGGAAGAUGAAUACCUUCGACGUGCCCUCGAAGAGAAUCUCCGCCUUAAUGAGCAGCGUCAACGAACCGCAGAGGAAACAGAAAGGCGCCACCGUGAAGCGGAAGAGAGAGCCCUACAGGAAUCGCAAGCCUCCGCGGCCAGAGUCAGACGUGCUACCGAGGAUGAAGAGGAUCAAUUGAGGCUAGCGAUGGAGCGGAGCGCGGCAGACGAAGCGUCGCGGGCAAGGCAGAUUGAAGAAGCGAGACACAGACUGCUGCAGAUGGACAGGGAGUUUGGCGGAGGAUCUGGGGCGACCAGGCCUGCCAAUAAUACCAGCAGAACAGGUGCGAAUGGUCCAGGCAACAAUAAUAAUGGAAGCACGGCUCGCGCAACGCCAGCUUCAACGCGAUCCAGAUCGUUCUCCGGGCGCCCAGAAUCCAACGCUGUGCGUCCGGAAAGGGCAUAUCAACCAAGACGCCAGGGUACGGCCCCGUCGACUGCCACCCAGGCCCAGGCCCCAAUCCAUCGAGGACGCACAGCCCAAACAAGCGCCAAUACCAGCAUAAGAUCCCGAUCCGCCACCGCAGAUCGUCCCCAGCACACCUCCCCCCAGGCCCAACCGACAUCCCAACCCCGACGCCAAAACACCGCGCCGUCCCACGUCGUCCCCCCAGCACCCGCAGCAACAGGAACCAACCCGCCCUCCCGGCUCAACAGCAUCCGCCGCUCCCUCUCCCGCCGCCUCUCCCACCGCCAAUCCCCCUCCCCGCCAUCCACAAACACCUCCACCCCCCAACCCCGCGCUCCGCCGCACCCCACCCCAAACCCAGCAAGCUACUCCCUCCGCGAAAUCCUCUCGCGCUCCGUCACAGACGCCUUCUCCUUCCCCGCGCCCGAACCCUCCUUCGACGCCGCCCUCCAAGCCGCCAUCAACGAAUCCGCCGAGCAAGCGCGCGACGAGGAGGAGGAGGCCGUGCAGCGGAGUCGCGGCGUCCCGACGUAUGAAGAGGCGUGUAGGAUGCCGCGGUACCGGGCGCCGCGGGGGGCGAGGUAUCGGUUUCAGGGGCCGAAGGAGGUGGUGCUGGAGGGGGAGGGGGGAGGAGGAGGGAGGGUGAGGGUUGUGGGGGAGAUGGAUUUGGGGGAGGCGAUGAGGGUUGCGAAUCAGAAUGUUAGGCGGAGGGGGGGAGGGUGA